GAUCCUCACUGAAUAAUGUGGAUGCACACGUCUCAGGUGUCAUCUGUGGUGCAGUGCUCCGCCGUGUGUCUGGUGCUGUCACCGCCAUGUGAAGCUUUUCUGCUGCGCAACAACACCUUGGAGAACCAAUUUGCUCCCAAGCAAGUCUGCACAGUGUACAAGACGUUCGAACCCAGUGAGGGAGGCACGGCGGGACAGACGGAGGCUGUCUACAUCCGACCUCAGAUUGUAACUCAAACUACGGCUGCGCCAGAUCCCGUGGUGACGACCACACUCAUGCCCCGCAGUGAAUAUGAAGAACUCGACUUAAGAGAAAACUUCGAAAAGAAUGAAGAAGACUGCCCAUCGAACAAGGCCAUUGCUGCCUUGGUCCUGACCUCUGGAGACGAGACCAUGUCCAACUUAGACCAUUUUGAAUGUCGCAGAAUCAUCUACCCAGAGAAAAUGAAUAUAGACGAUAAGGAUGAGGAGGUGGUGGUGACAGAGGCCCCAAAUGAACAAGUCUGCACCGAAAAUAGAGUGUUGGUGGCGUUUGAGGCAUCUGACAUUGCCGGUACUCAUUUGAAGCGGUGGGAGCAUCCUUAUAGUAUGAAAGGCAUCUGUCAUAAGCUCGAAAAUUUCAAUGUGUCUAGCGAUAUUUGUGAGAUAGUAAGUGUCUCGAGCGAUCCGUGGAUUGGAGACGACCAUUCGGACUCGUCUACUUGGAACACAACCAUCUACUGUCCUCGGGGAACUCUUGCUGUAGGCAUGACCAGGGAAAUUCUAGACCCCGAAAUCUUCAAGAUAACGAGCCUCAGGUGUUGCAUUAUUACUUUUAUCCAGUAAUAUUUCUUCUGUGAUUAUUAAGGAACCAUCUGUCAUAAGCUCGAAAAUUUCAAUGUGUCUAGCGAUAUUUGUGAGAUAGUAAGUGUCUC